CGGGAGGAGGCCGGCGGGGUCGCGGCCGAGGUCGGGCCAUGUCCGGGCGGCUCCGGGGCUGCGGGGUCGGCGCCCUCCCCGCGCUGCUGCUGCUGCUGCUGCUGCUCGGACCGCCGGCGACGCCGGGCAUCACGUGCCCAGCUCCCACAUCUGUGAAACAUGCAGACAUCCAAGUCAAGAGUUACAACCUCAACUCCAGGGAGCGGUAUGUUUGUAACUCUGGCUUCAAGCGUAAAGCCGGGACCUCCAGCCUGACCGAGUGCGUGUUUAACAAGACUGUGAACAUCGCCCACUGGACCACUCCCAAUCUCAAGUGCAUCAGAGACCCCUCCCUGACUCACCAAACGCCACCCUCCACAGCAGCACCGACAGGGGUGACCCCAGAGCCAGACAGUCCCAACCCUUCUGGAAAAGAGCCAGCUUUUACUUCCAAGUUAGACACCACAGUGGCCACAAGGCUGGCUACCAGACCAGGCUCCAGGCUGAUGCCAUCCAAAGCUCCUUCUGCGGGGACCACAGGAGUAGUCAAUAAUGAGCCCUCCCAAGUCCCAGCUCAGACAACAGCCAACGCUCCGGAACACACCCCCUCAGCCUCGCAGGACCCGCCCGGUGCAUAUCAGUACAAUCCCAGAGCUGUGACUGGAAAGUUCUAUUUUUAAGGCCACGUCAUGGGUGAUUCAUCCUUGUACACACGGCUGUGUGCUGUCCGUAUAGGUGCAGGUCUGAAAAGCUCAACAGUUCAGGAGAUGAAUGUGCCUCCUGGUCCACAGUGAGACUCCUGGGUCCCCAGACGUUCGGGGUUGUCAUCUUACACACAGGGCACAUAGGCGAUUUUUUUGCAAGGAGAUUUCACAAUAGCAAGGCAAACUGGCCAAAUCUGCUUGGUGCUUAUGACCGAUACAAAUGUUUUAAAGAUAGUUCUGUUCAGCUUGCCCUCAGGCUCAGCCCUCUCGCUUCCAUGUGAAGAUCCCACCCUCCCUAACAAUCUCAAGCCAUCGUGCCUGGGGCCCUCCACCCUCAAGUCCCCCUCCCAAUGCUGGUCCUUUCAACUCCGAAGAAACAUGUGUUCCCCUUUUCCUAAACUGUUAACCUUAUUCUCUUCUAAUCUGUAACACCUGCCUCAUGACACCCUUCUUAACACCACCGUAGACAGCUGCAAAUAAAAAAACAUAGUAAAGAUGAAAUUGGAAGAAGAAUGGCAAUGCCUGCUAUUGUUUCUAAAUCAGGAUUCUGUGAAGGUGGAGAAAAGGGGGACAUUGUGGCGGGGACAACCGAGGAGGAUCCCUGCCCUACUUCCCCACCUUCGGGUUCAGCAGCAGCUUCCUCUCCUCCUGGGGUGCUGGUGCCCUCGCCCUGAUGCUCAUGCCCAGCUUCUGAUCGCUGAGGCCCUUACUUUCUCCUCUGGCCUCACUCCCGUCCCUGCCCCAUCACCCAUGCCACGUUGAUCGGGAAGGACGAGGAUGCGGAUAACGCGAAUGGGGAUGGUUUGAACUGGCAGUGUUGGUGGGAAAGGAGUGUCCUUUCUGCCCAGACGUAGAAUAGGCUGAACAGCUGGACCUCAGGGAACUGUUAGUAAUGGUGAGCUGGCUAGGAAGGCAUCUGGAUCUCGCUGCAGGAAUGUAAACUGUAAAGAAUUUUCAGUCUCAGAAACAAAUCUGACGCUGGGCCUUCGAGCUCAAUGC